AUGGCGAGAGCGCCGCGCCCGCUCCUCCUGCUGGUGCUGUGGACGCUGCCGGCUCCGGGGAGGCCCAGUCCCGGGCCGGUGGGCGACGGGGGGUGGCAGCGGGCCGGGCCGGGGCCGCCGGCAUCCGUGGCCGAGGAGCAGCGCUGCACGGUGGAGCGUCGCGCCGACCUUACGUACGCCGAGUUCGUGCAGCGCUACGCCUUCUUCAGACCCGUCAUCUUGCAGGGGCUCACAGACAACUGGAGGUUCCGAGCCCUGUGCUCUCGCGAAAAGCUCCUGGCCUUGUUUGGGGACAGCGUGGUCCGGCUGAGUACGGCCAACACCUUCUCCUACCAGAAAGUGGACAUGCCCUUCCAAGGUUAUGUGGAGCAGCUGCUGCGUCCCCAGGACCCGGCCUCCCUGGGAAAUGAUACCCUGUACUUUUUUGGGGACAACAACUUCACUGAAUGGGCACCACUUUUCCGCCACUACUCCCCACCUCCGUUUGGCUUGCUGGGCACCACCCCUGCUUUCAGCUUUGGAAUCGCAGGAGCUGGCUCCGGUGUUCCCUUCCACUGGCACGGGCCCGGGUUCUCAGAAGUGAUCUAUGGCCGCAAGCGCUGGUUCUUGUACCCCCCUGAGAAGACACCCGAGUUCCACCCCAACAAGACCACACUGGCCUGGCUCCAGGAGAAGUACCCUACCCUUGGACCCUCUGCACGGCCUCUGGAGUGCACCAUCCAGCCUGGGGAGGUGUUGUAUUUUCCUGAUCGAUGGUGGCAUGCCACCCUCAACCUGGACACCAGCGUCUUCAUCUCCACCUUUCUGGGCUAG